AUGUUGGAGGCGGAGAGUAAGUAUGACAUUGGAAUAGCUGUAGAAAUUUCACAAGGCGCUAGAGAUCAUUCCUGUAGUCGUGAUGGGAUUAACACAUUUAACAAUUAUUGUUAUGGUCAAGCUAAAUACUUAGUUUUAGUCCAAGAUCAAUCUUCAAAAAUAUAUGGUGGAUAUAGUCCGAUAGGAUUUCAGCCGUAUGGAGGAAGCUGUCAAUGGCAUAAUACAUCAGAUAGUUUUAUUUUUUCUUGUGAAGAAAAUAAAGGAGAUAUCAAAAACAUGAGAAUAAGUCGUGUAAUAAAUCCUAGCUAUGCGAUAUAUGAAAAUUAUAAUCAAGGAUUUGAUUUUGGUAAUACAUUUAGUUUCUAUGGUCAGAAUGUAUCUUUGCAAUAUCAAGGAUUUUAUGACACUAACGUUGUUAAUUCAGGCACUAGUAUUAAUUUUGUUCCUAAGGAAAUUGAACUUUUUAACGUAGUUCCUUAA